AUGGAUAAAAAGAUUGCUAAGAAGAAAAAGAAAGUGAUAGUUGAAUAUGAAGAUGAAAUUGUACCGGAAUCACAUGUUCAUGACCAUGCUACGAUUGUUUCAUCACUAAAGAGGGAUUCUCCAAUCACGCCGAAUGUCGAGGCGAGUGGAGAUCUUGAUGGAUUUGUGAAAACAUUUCAUGUGGACACAACCAUUAAUCAAGGCAUACCUAUGAACAUAUCUAAUAUGGACACAAAUGUCAUCAUGGGUAAAGGAGUGCUGAACAAUGAAGCUCAAGGUAAUUCUUUGAUUUUGAUUUCUUCUACUUUCGACAUAUCUACUAUUUCAACCAAUCUCUCUUUACCACCAUUUGUUUCUACUGUUUCCACCACUUUACCACCAGCUAAUCAUUCUCCAACUUUUGAUCAAAUCCUUCAACAACCUAUUACUUCUAUUUUUCCAUCCCAAUCCAUUGAUGGCCCUAAAAAAGUUAAUGACGAUGCCAACACUAAUGAUGGUGAGUUUGCGGGUACAUUUGAUGAUCUCGAAUUUGAUCCGGAGGAAGAAAACAUACCAGAUCAUAUGUUAAUGUCUGGUAAACAACUCAAAAUUUAUAACAAGAAGUUGAACUCGUCAUUACAACUUCAAGCGGAUGUAGGGGGUAGUCAUUCAAUAUCGGAAAUAUAA